AUGCCUCUUUCGGGUUGGGUGGAAUGUUUUACGAAUGGCUUACGACUUUAUUUCGUACCGGAAGAACCAUUUUCUGGACAUGUUUAUGUGGAUGGAUUCUAUUUCGAUGAAGAUUGUCAUGUAAAUCAAUCAAACGAAGCAAUUGCUGUCCCAUUUUAUGUCAAUAUUUUUUAUAAUGGUCAUUGCAAUGUAAGAUGUCAAGUACAGAGUGAACCGGCAGGUGUCAGCUACAGUGUAGUGAUCACCGUUCAGCAUCAUUAUCUAUUUGUGACAGAAAUGGACAGAACGUAUAGUGCCACCUGCUUUUAUCCGACAAACUUCGAUACUCUAACAAAUGAAGUGGACGUGAACUACAUGAUCCUGAUGAAUUCUACAGAUGGUGAACCCGCAAGAGUUGUAGAAGUUGGCGAUCGACUAGUCCAUAAAUGGAGCUGUGAAUUAGAAGGUUAUGGUAUGCUUAUUCAUUCAUGCGUUGUUAAUGCACCUCGUGGUACCACUUUUCAAGUUGUUGAUCGUCGAGGAUGUGUCACAGAUCCUACAUUAACAGGUCCGUUGAUCUACAAUGAUAAUCUCACUGAAGCACAUUCUUUCAUAUCAGCAUUCAAAUUUGCCAAUGAACUUACCAUUACUUUUCAAUGUAAAGUGACAUUUUGUAUUAAAGAAGGAAAUGAAUGCGAAGGCAUUUCGCCACCCAAUUGCACUUAUCAAAUACCACCAUCAUCCACUCCACCAAUAGAUAGUGGUACUUCGGAAGAACAGGAGCAGUCUACUACAACAAGCAUUACAACUCUGCUAUCUUCAUCAACCAUAGCUCCGACCACUGAAGAAUUGUUAUGCGAUAGUUUAAAACGAAGUGGCAUCAGAAAGUGCAAAAAUUUCGUCGCUGUUGUCAAUGAAUCGACUACUUAUGCAAUGUCAGAGCAGAUGAAUUACAGAGAAAAACGUUUCCUGAAUGAAUCUGAACAGACGAUGAAUAUUCCUUUUCAGGAAUUUCCUACUAAGACAAAUUUCACCAACAUUAAUCGUUUAACAUUAGAUGUUAAUGCUGAGCAGAAUGCUUAA